CUGAAGCUAAGCAAAAUGGACCGUGAAAACAGACAGAGACUUUUUUCAUCAUUUGUUCAGCCCGGAGGGAGCUUAAAAUAUAAUUCAUGGAUCCUGCUAUUUAUCUGGAUAAUUUUCUGGGUGACUGCGAAGGCAGCAAUAACUGGUGUGUCCCUGAUAUAUUUAAGUAAUUGCUGCCAUGACAGUGACUUGACCAACUCUCCACUGCAAAAUGUUACAGAUUCAAUCAAGGUUAUGAACCAAUACUUCUAUGAAUUAACUAUACCCGAGUCAAAAGAAGAUAUGAAAAGAGCUCCAACUACAAGUGUAGCUCCAGCUACGUCCUGUGAGGAUGGAUGGAAUUUCUACAGGAAUAAAUGUUACUUUGUAGACAAUAGAAAGGUAAACUGGAAUGAGAACCAAAAGAAUUGCAGUUACAAAAUGUCUGGAAUGGUUCAAAUAAUGACCAUAAAGCAAAGGGAUUAUUUCUCAAAUUUCAAAGACUUUGUUUGGGUUGGACUUAUAAAAAAGUCAGAAAAGGUCUGGGACUGGUUGAAUGGAAACACACUUAAUAGAACAAUCUUUCCAGAAGGUGUACAACAAGACAAAGAAGGAAAUGACUGUGUUCAGAUGGGAAACCAACAGUUGUAUGCAGUUCCCUGCAAAGCACGCUCUCUUUUGGCCUGUGAGAAGACAUCACUUUCGUAGAGGCAUUACAGUAUUUUGAUAACCUUCUUUUCUUAAUACUAUGCUGUAUUGCAUUCUGUCUCUAUGUUUAUGAAAAGAUUUAUUGGGAUAUUAUUUGUUAUACUAUGUAAAUGAACUUAUUAAUAAACUAUAUGAUG